UUUUUGUUAUUUACUCUGAGUUAUUGACGCAAAGUCAAUAUUAAUUUCACCCAAAAGAAUAAUAAAAGUCAAAUUCAAUUCACUUUCCUUCUCCACGAAUCUCACAUCUCCCUUUUGCCGGAACCUAUUGAACCGGCACCGGCCCACCAAACAACAACAAAAAAAAACCGUCUCAAAAACCGGUUACCGGAGAAGAGAGGGCCCAAACCCGGAUUAGCCCUCUCAAAUCUCCGAUCAAAAAAAAAAAAAAAAAACCCUAAAUUCAUAUGCAAAAUUGCUAUUCAUUUUAUCAUAUGGUUCAUAUAUUCCCAAUUUUUGAUGCGCCGAUCCAAUGCCCGUAAAUUAAAUAAUAAUAAUCCUAUUACUACUACUACUACUUCUAAUACAAUGGAUUCGGCGAAAUUUCAAUAUCGACCCAACAGAUCUUCAAAUCGAAACAAUUCUAAAUCGAACAGAAACAUUGUUUGUUACACUUCUAUAGUGUUUGUUAUCGCUUUCAUAUGUUACGUUUUCGUGUUUUCGAGUAAAAUUAGGUUUUCUGUGGUUAAGAAAUAUAGGAUUGUGAUUGACGGAGGAAGUACAGGUACGAGGAUUCAUGUGUUUGAGUACGAGGUAAGGGAUGGCGGUGUACCUCUGUUUGAUUUUGGGGAUAAAGGUUUGGUUUCAAUGAGGGUGAAUCCCGGGUUAUCCAGUUAUGAAUUGGACCCGGAAAUGGCUAGUGAAUCGGUGAUCAAGUUGGUUGAAUUUGGGAAGAAAAAAGUACCUAAGGAAUAUUGGAGUGAAACUGAGAUUAGGUUAAUGGCUACUGCUGGAAUGAGGUUGUUGGAUUUGGAUGUUCAGGAGAAGAUUCUAGAAGUUUGUCGAGGGGUACUUAGGGAUUCGGGUUUUAAGUUUAAGGAUGAUUGGGCUUCUGUUAUUUCAGGAUCUGAUGAGGGUUUAUAUGCCUGGGUUAUUGCUAAUUAUGCCCUUGGAACUCUUGGUAGUGAUCCUUUGCAAACAACUGGAAUAAUUGAACUUGGUGGUGCAUCUGCCCAGGUGACUUUUGUUUCUAAUGAGCCUAUGCCCCAAGAAUAUACUCGUACGAUUAAAUUCAGAAACUUUACCUACAAGAUCUACAGUCAUAGCUUGCUUCAAUUUGGUCAGAACGUAGCAUUUGACUUACUCUUGGAGUCCCUUGUUGCGAGGGGCCAAGAUCAAGCUGCUCAAAGUGUUAAGCUGAUGGAUCCUUGUUCUCCUCGAGGAUAUACACACAAUAUAAGGUCAUUGAAGCUCUCCCCCAGUAGUUUUGCGGAUAAGAAUGCAGGACUGUAUCCCAGCGGUAACUUCUCAGAGUGCAGGUCUGCCUCACUAUCACUGUUGCAGAAAGGCAGAGAGAGUUGCCGUUAUAAAAGCUGCUACAUUGGGUCAACUUUUAUGCCAAAGCUCCAGGGAAAUUUUUUGGCUACAGAAAAUUUUUUCCACACUUCCAAGUUUUUUGGUUUGCCACAAAAAGCUUUUCUUUCUGAUCUUAUGGCUGCUGGAAAAAGUUUUUGCGAAGAGGACUGGUCAAGGUUGAAAAGCAAGUACCACUCCCUUCAAGAGGAGGAUUUGCAUCGUUAUUGCUUCUCUUCAGCAUAUAUAUUGGCAUUACUUCAUGAUAGUCUUGGAAUUGCUUUGGAUGAUGAUAGGAUUGGAUAUGCUAAUCAAGUUGAAAAUAUUCCACUUGAUUGGGCAUUGGGAGCAUUCAUCUUGCAGAGCACGGCUGAGUUGGACAAAGAGCAUUCCGGGUGGUUUGCAAAUAUGUUCAGAGCAGAAGCCAUUUUCCUGCAUCUGUGGAUAAGGCAAAAGGACCAAAGUGGAUCAGCUGCCUCUGCCAAGAAUCUCUGUGCACUUUGUUGCUUGGUACCCCGAGCAAGUGAUGCUAUACUUCGGCGUAAGUGAGAUCGAUCUUAUGGGACGAUUGAAAUGAGGUUGACUCCCAAUUCAAGAAGGCGUCUCUAUUUAUUGUUAUGAAAAGCUUUACCAGAAAAAGCUUCCGGUGAGAAUGUUAGUCGGUAUGAUGAAGCAGAUACUAGAGUGUAGAAGAUCUGGUCUCUUUUGGUUACAAGGAUGUUGUACCAUUUACACAAUAGUCAUUACACGAUUCGUUUACAAAGUAGUUCUCUUGAAUUGCCUGUAUUACCUGGAGGGUGGUGUAGAACUAAAGAUUUAUGUUGGGUGGUAAAUAAUUUAAAUCUGUUCAAUUUAACAAGCUUUGUGUGGGCAA